CUCUCGCCCACAACGAUGUCCUGCUACGACCUGUGCCCACCCAAGGCCGACCUGUGCCCACCCAGAACCAGCGUGGCCGUGCCCCAGCCCAUCGCUGAGAGCUGCAACGAGCUGUGUGCCCGCCAGUGCCCCGACUCCACGGCCUUCAUCCAGCCGCCCCCUGUCGUCGUCACCUUCCCCGGCCCCAUCCUCAGCUCCUUCCCCCAGCAAGCCGUGGUGGGCUCCUCCGGAGCCCCUGCCUUUGGGGGCUCCCUGGGGCUGGGGGGCCUCUACGGCGCCGGCGCCACCCAGGGCUCGGGGGGGCUCUGCACCUUUGGCAGACCCUACGCUGCUCCUGCCUGCAGCCCUUGCCUGCUGCCUCGCUACAGCAGGAAGCUCUGGGACACCUGCGGGCCCUGCUAG